AUGAGUUUAGACUCUCCAAUCGAACCCACAACGUAUGACCUUAUUGUGAUCGGAACAGGCCUCCCUGAAACAGUCAUUGCCGCCGCAGCCACUGCUGCUGGAAAAACCGUCCUCCAAAUUGACCCCAACGACUUUAACGGCAGCCACUUUGCCUCUCUUCCCCUCCAUCAAUUCACCUCCUUCCUAAGUUCCCAUUUUACUGCUAAAAACCCUACUUGCAGCGGCCAUGCUCAUGAUCACCAUGAUUUUGUGGCCUUAGAGCUCAUCCCACGGCUACUAUACUCCGACAUUGAAACUACCAACUAUGCCCUUGAAAUCCCUUCUGCGGAUAAAUUCAACAUUGACCUUGGCGGGCCCAGGCUUUUGUUCCAUGGUGACAAAGCCGCUGACUUUAUUAUCAAAUCUGGUGUCGACCUAUAUGUGGAAAAUGGGAUCUUGAAAUUCAAAAGCAUCGAUGGAGUUUGCGUUUUUUAUGAGAGCAAUGGGAAGUUACAUAUCUUUCCAUAUUCAAAAGGAGAAGUAUUUGUGGACAAGAGCCUAAAGCUUGUAGAGAAGUCCAAGUUGAGGAGUUUCAUCAAGUUUGUUCAGCAGCAAGACGAAGAAUGGAACCAAAUUUGUAGUGAAAGUUUCAAGAUUUCGGAGGAGGAUUUGGAGAUCCCUUUUGUUGAUUUCUUAGAUGGAAUGCAGUUGUCAGCCAAGAUUAAGUCGUCUGAAAAUGGUCCUGGCCCUUGGAUUUAUCCUAAGUAUGGUCAUGGGGAUUUAUUAGCUUUCUUUGGCCCUCGUGCGGCUGUUAAAGGUUGCAUUUGUGCUAUGCGAAGGCCAGUGACUGCUGUGCUUAUGGACAAGGAUAGUGGGAAAUAUAAGGGUGUCAGAUUAGCUUCAGGUCAGGAUUUGUUUAGUCAUCAUCUAGUUUUGAAUCCAGCCUUCACCGUCCCUUUGGCACCAGCUCCAUCUCCACCAGACUGUCUGAGAGAAGGCCUUCAAGGUUUAAGUCUUAAAGAUACUAAAGGAAAGGUGGCAAGGGGAAUAUGCAUCACAGCCAGUUCUGUGAAGCCAAAAACAUCAAACUGUUUGCUUGUAUAUCCUCCUAGAACUUUGUACCCUGAACAGGAUACCUUAAUCUGGGUUAUCCAAAUAGCUGGCGGUUCAGGAAUGGAUGCUUGUCCAAAGGGCAUGUCUGUUGAUGGCACAUUCCAGGUUAUCCAGACAGAAGGUGGCAGUUCGGAAGCAGAUGUUUGUCCAAAGGGCAUGUUUGUGUUGUAUUUUUCUGCUUUCUGUGAUCAUGCGGAACAAGGGAAAAGGUUGCUACACGCGGCCAUGAAUUCUCUUCUCACACUUCCUGGUCCUGGAAAUCCUGAAAAUGGUUCCACAGUUGAAAGUGAAGAUGCACAAAUGAAAGAGCAACAUGAACAUCUCAUUUCAACUCCCAUGCCAGAUGGAAAUCUCAGCUACGAUGGUCUGUUAGAUGCAGCUGUGGUGCUUUUCCAGAAGAUGUAUCCAAAUGAAGAAUUCUUUCCGGAGACACCCUCGCCUGGGAAUUUGGAGGAUGAUACUCCAAUCAAUGUAGAGGACUAA